AUGAUCGCCUUCUCAAUGCCUCUUUUCAUCCUCGUGGUGCAUGCAGCAGCACAAGUGAUGGGCAGCAAUAACUUCACCAUCGUCAAUGGCCUGGUUUUUACCCCCGGGUUGGCGAUCGUCGAUGCGCCUCAGCCGUAUACGCCGGUAGGGGGAGUCUGUAUUGUAGACACCCUCCAAAUCGCCAUCGACGUCUCCGGCGACGGCAAGCUCCCCUGGCCGCCCUCGACGCAGUCCCCCACUUCGCCCACUCUCUUCCACAGCAUCACCAUCUUCCUGACGUCCUACACGACCCUACGAAACUUCACCAUCUCCAACGGCAGCGAUAUCCCCGCCGGAAGCAUGGCAUUUGUCGGCCCCGUUCUCAGCCUCGAGCCUUCAUCGACGGUGAAACACAUCAAUUGGGUCUGGCCUGCAUGUCUGGUCGGAAGCGGCAGUGACUCUUCUUCAUCUUCGCGCGGCGCGUACAACAUCUCGCUGCAUCAGUCCUUCCGCUGGAAUGGCACCGAGUACUACACCAUCUUUGACCUGCCUAUCUCUGUGACGAAUAGCAUCCCUGCGACGAGUUCUUCCGGACAGGUACGGGCGGACUGCGCGUUGGUUGAGAAUCCGCUCCUCGACGCAGCGCAGAUAAUCAACAGUUCGGACCCGCUGCCCGGCUCGCCGUGGAUUAUUGGCAAUAGCAGUAGCAGUACAGGAGGGACUCUGACCAGUCCCGGUAGUGGGGGUGUCAGCAUUGACGGCACUGGCAGCACAGGUGGUCGUGGGAGUUUGACGACUCUGCCCAAAAGUGGCAGUUGGGCCUUGCGAGUGGUGUCGUUCAUGACACGUCUGUCAUUACAUGUCACUGUUUCCAUUGUCCCCCUGACUCGAGGAACGCCAUACUCAAAGUCGACCACUCUGAGAUUUACCCCCCCUUUGCACCACAAGCUCAAGUAG